ACUAAAUUUAUAACGUUGAACACCUAUUAGUCUUGUAAUAAUUUUUUACGAUUAGUAAAUAAUCGUGUUAAAUUAGUUAACUUGUAUGUUAUAAGUCAUAAGUUACUAGUAUUAAGUUUUCAUAUUUAAUAAUGCUUAAUUUCAUAAAAUUCUAGUGGUACAGUCACGUAUUAACUGAAUGAGCUACACAUCUAUAUCGAUCGUAUAACGUGAUACACCGUGCCAUGUCAUGUUAUAUGCCAACAUUUUAUGAUGGCAACUGACAAUUGUGAAUACGUUCGCAACUCCUACGUACAUUAUAAUUAAAGGUUUUUAAAAAAUUUAUAAAAUCAUUUACAUAUAUCUAAAAAGUUUAUCCAUUAUAAUCUGUUGGUUGCUAAUAUUAAAAACGAAACAUGGGAAAUUUAUGUAACUGCUGCAAAGGUUCAUCGUAUGAAGAUAUUACACCUGAUAGAGAUGCUCUUCGUCAACAGCAAGCGGAAGCUGCCGAAAGACGUUUAGCAGAGCAAGAAAGAAGAGGAAUUGGAAACAUUGAUUCUGUGAAACGCAAACAGAAAUUAGCUGAAGAACGAGAUAGAACAAUGAACACAGCAGGAACUUUGAGCAAUCAAGGAGGAUUAAAGUGGCAAGUCAGUUGAAUACUACAUGUCAGAAUAUGCAUAUAUAAGUAUCAACAUUAAGACAAAUAUAUAAUCAAUGAUAUCAGAACAUUGUAAGUGAUAUACAGUUUAUAAAAAAAAAUUAGAAAUUAACAGUUGUCAUUAAAUUCAUUAUUUGGAUCUCAAUUCUGUCAUUUGAUAGUAACCUAUUAUAAUAUUGUUAAGUUUACGUUCACUGUUUGUAUGAAUUAAUUUUUUGAAUACCGUAUUUUCUACUUUCUAAGAAUUAAACUAGAAAUAUUUACAUAAGAUUCAUUAGCAACGUGUAUCAUUAUUUAUUUCAAGCUAAGUACUUAAUUAUUCCAAACAUAAUUUGGUAUGUUCAAGUCAAUUGUUUUUUAACAAUAUAUUUGUUACAUUAUAAUGUGAUUGAUAACUAUAGCUAAUUACAUUAUGCAAUAAUAUUUUUACAAUGUUCUAGUCCAAAAUAACGAAUGUUGAGUUGAGUUUCAA